AUGCAACAAGACUAGGUAUUUAGAUUUAUUAUAGUAGAUUGAUUGGUAAUAAAACCUAAAUUAGUAAUAAAUCAACCAAUAAGAAUAAGAAAAGCAGUAAAAUGAUACUAAUCUGCUUAAUCAAUAGUAAUAGCUAAUCAGUAAUGAAGUUUCUCAAUUAAACAAAAAUUAGAAAUCAAUUGUUAUUGAAGUAAGCAACCCAAUUGAAAUUAAAAAAUCUAAAUUAAAACAUUAUUUAGUAUACACAAUAAAAGGUAUCGAUGCUUGGGGAGAAUUUUAAACAUAAAGAAGAUAUAAAGAAUUUUAUGCUUUAAGAUUAUCAUUAAUAUAAUUUUGGACAGGAUUUUACAUUCCAUCACUUCCUGAUAAAAUAGUAAAUCCAAAUAAGGAUCAAUAAAAUGAGAGGCUUAGAUUAUUAAACCAUUUUGUUUAAAGAAUUUCUUAGUUAGAAUAUUUGUAUUAUUCUGUUUAAUUUGCUAAAAUAUUUUUAAGAUCGAAUGAAAAAAAAAUAUGUAAAGUAUAAAGUUAAGUGAUUUAAAAUUUAGAUUUUAAAAGGUUUAACACCACCUAGUUUGCUCUAUUAAAUUUAAACUAGUAAACAAGUAUUUAAAAUAACUUAGGAGUAAUAUAAUCAACAAAUGUUAAAUAAUUAAUUACAAAAUAUAUAGAUGUUUCUAUAAAGUUCUAGAAUUAUUUUGAAUAAAUUAUCUGAUUAGACUCAGUCAAUAAUUAAUAACAAUAAAAAACUAAAAAAAUAAAUUUAAACUCAGCUUGAAUAAUCAGAAAAACUCAUUUUACAAGAUAAAUAAGAAAAUGAAGAAGAAAGAAAUACACUAUAUGAAAUAGAUUUAUAAAUAAAAUCAAAUCUAAAUAAUUUUGUACUUAAAUUUUAUUAUUUAGAUAAUAAAUAGAGAUAUGUUUUUAGAAUAAAUUCAUGAUUUAAUAAAAAUUGAAUAAAAUGAUAUAGAGGCUUAUUUGGAAGGAAUAUAUUUAAGAGAGAAAAUAGUAUCAUAACAAAACAUUGAAAAAAUAAAGUUAAAAUAUUGGCAAUUUGAAAAAAAGGAAAAUGACUAUCUAUAUUUAAAUGAUCCUAUCAGAAGGAAAUAUAAUUAUGAGUCAAAUAAUAAUGAAAUAGAAAAUCAUAUAAAGUAGGUAUUUUAUUAUUUUUAUCAAUAAAAUAGUGCAAAAAAGAGAUCAAUGUCUUUAAUCAUUUUAAUCUAUUUAUGAUAUCUUUAACUGUUACUUAUGUAUUUGAGUAAUUUAAAAAAGAUAAAAAUUAAUUUUAUUAGAGAAUAAUAAAAUAAAUAGCUAAAUUAUAAUUAGAGAAUUUAUCCUUUAUGCAAUAAUUGUGGGGUAAAAUAGGUAAUCUUGCAUAAAUAUAAAGAUAAAAAAAUGAAGAAUUAGAUAUAUCUAUAUAUUAAAAGUUUAAUAUUUGA